AUGUGGCUGCUGCUGGUGGCCCUGUGCCUGGCCCAGGGGCUGGAAGAUGCCAUCCCAGAUGCUGAAGUAUUCUACAACCCUGAGAGGUUCAUGAACGUUAGCCAGAAGAUCCUUUUCCAUGGCUAUCCCAGCAAGGAGUACGAGGUGAUGACAGAGGACGGCUACUUCCUGAGCCUCAACAGGAUUCCCCACGGCAAGGGCGGCGCUGGGCUGGCAGGACCCAGGACCCCCGUGCUGAUAGUGCAUGGGUUUUGCCUGGAUGGUGGUGACUGGGUGGACAAUUUGCCUGAGAACAGCCUGGCCUUCAUCCUGGUGGAUGCGGGACAUGACGUCUGGAUCGGGAACAACCGGGGCAGCAGCUGGUCCCACCGGCACCGCAGCCGGUCUGUGGCCUCCCAGGAGUUCUGGGACUUCAGCUUCCACGAGAUGGCCAUGUACGACCUGCCGGCCAUGGUGGGCUUCAUCCUGAUGCAAAGGGAGCAAGAGCAGCUGUUCUAUGUUGGCCACGCUCAGGGCAGCUCCCUGGGUUUCAUAGCAUUUUCCAGCUUGCCACAUCUGGCCAAGAAAAGAAAACUCUUCUUUGCCCUGGCUCCUGUGUACGCAUUCCGCCAUGCCCAGGGCCCGGUGCUGAAGCUGGCCUUUCUACCAGACCUGCUGCUCAAGGUGCAGGAGGCGUUUGUGGAGCUGGUUCUGGUGCCAAGGAAGGAGAAGCUGCUGCUGGUUGAGAAGUGCAGCAGGCCUCUGGAGGCUGGAGUGUGUGCCAACAGUAUCUUCCUUCUUGGAGGGUACGACAGGCACAACUUGAACACGAGUCGACUGGAUGUGUACAUUUCUCAUUUCCCAGACUAUACAUCAGUAAAAAAUCUUCUGCACUGGGGACAGACUGCAAAAACCGCUGAGUUCAAGCAGUUUGACUACGGGCUGAGAAACAUGGAGAAGUACAACCAGGUGAGGGCUGGCUGGGAUGGGGAUGGGGGAGCACACCCCACCCAUCAGAGCCCCCAGGUAACAGGAGUGCUUUCCCCCUGCCCAGCUGAGCACUUCCCCGACCGGAACCACUUCGACCAGCACUGGGGCCUGAACACCCCGCAGCGCGUGUAUCAGCGGACAGUGGCCAUGAUGGAGCAGAAUCCAUUAAUCCAUCGUGGAUCCAUCCAUUAA